GAUUACAUGGCAACACUGGUAACAUAACUGUCAAAAAGAAAACGGAUCGUUGCAAUCUCAAGAACGCUAAAAUUUAUAAAUUAAAUAAGUUUUCUAUGGAUUUAGAAUAAAUACAUGAGUUGUACUUAAUAAUUUUAACGAUGUUUUGGAGCGGAAACUAUAUUGUAGUUAGGGAGUUAAAUUUUCUUCUCAAAGAGGAGAAUGUAACAUUGACGCAAGUGCUGGAGGCGGAUGACAUCCUGCAGGAAUGCAAGGCGGACAACAAGGCGCUCAUACAGUUCCUCACAAAGCCAGAGGUGCUGGCGGAGCUGAUUACACUGAUAACAGAGGAACCUCCCAAGAAUGUAGAGCUGGCGGCACAGUACCGACAUGCCAACAUCGCAUGUGAGGUGCUCACCAGCCACCUGUCCAUGCUGAGUGAUCGACUCUCCAUGGACGCCACACAGAUGAACCGGCUGUGUGACUUCAUCAACAGGGAUCCACCGCUCAACCCGCUGCUGGCCUCGUAUUUUAGUAAAACGGUGGAAAUGUUGCUGGAACGGAGCCCCAAACAGGACUGCUAUUUGUACCACAUAGUGUGCCUGCGAGUAUUGGACUUCUUCAAGUCGCGACGAGACUUCCUGCCCAACCUGCUCCGCCACAUGUGCACCUCCGCCAUCGCAGACACCUUCAAGUACUUCACCAGACUCGAUGACCUCUUCAAGAAGUCUGUCAUGGAGUGGUUCGAGGAGCACCAGUUCCUGGAGUGCCUGAUCCAGAUAGUGUGCGGGACGUACGUGCCGGAGGAGCAGGCGGCCUUGGAGUCACACGAGAAGGCCGACCACGAGCCCAGCGAGAAGACUGAGGCCGCCGAGGAACGCAAGCCUGAUACAGGGGCUGUUGGUUGUCACCGCCACGUUACAGAGCCGUCCCAGCAGGAGCAGGCGGCGGGUCCGUCAGCGGAGGCCCGCACGCGGCGCGCGGCCGUGGCGUCGGCCAACGCCGCCGCCCUGCUGUGCGAGCUGCUGGCGGCCGGGGGCGCCGGGGGCGCGGGGGCGCGCGUGGCGGCGGCGGCGGCGGGGCGCGGGCUGCGCGUGUUGCUGCGCGACAUGUUCACGUCGCCGGCGGCGCUGCGGCGCGCCGCGCUGGUGCACGGCUGCGGCCUGCUGCGCGCGCUGCUGGCGCUGGACGGCGAGGAGCGCUCCGCCGUGGAGCUGGCCGUGGCGCCGCAUCUGCCGCUGCUGCACCAGGCGCUGCUGGCGCCGCCCGACGCGGGGGCGCGGGCCCGGGCCGGGGUGGGCGCGGCGCGGCUGGCCGUGGCGGGGCUGCUGGCGGCGCUGGCCACGUCGGAGGUGGAGGAGGUGGCCAGCACGCUGCUGACGCUGGGCACGCCGGCCGUGCUGCUGGACAUGUUCUUCCAGUACCCCAACAACAACUUCCUGCACGCGCACGUCUCCACGCUCAUCAAGCACGCGCUCAACAACAGGGUCUACCGCACCCAGUACGCCAGACACUUGCUGGUGGAGUGCGACCUGCUGACGCGGCUCAUGGACGUCUUCGAGGAGAACCAGAACAACAAGUCCCCCCGCGCGGGCUACAUGGGUCACGCGGUGUUGUCGCUGGGCGCGGUGUCGCGCGCGCUGUCCCCGGCCGACGUGCUGGCGCACGCGCUGCGCCUGCCGCCCGCCGCCGCACAGCGCUGGGCCAGCUUCCAGGACCACAGUCUGCGCCCACUGCUGCACCAGCUCGACACGCCGCUCGGCGGCUACUACCCGUCGGAGAAUAUCUACGAGGUGGAGAUCAUGGCGGACACCCUGGCGGCCAACUACGACUUCAACGACAUGGUGUCGGCGGGCAACCUGUACCUGCCGGACGACGGCAGCGCCGACGAUGCCAAUGACGUAUGUGGCGCCGCCGACUCGUCGGCCGAGUCUCCCGACUUCAUAGCGGACGGACUGGGCAUCGACGAUGCGGACAAGAUGAGAGCAGCUAAGAGCAACUUCCUGGAGUUGGCUAGCCAACGAUUUGAUGACGAUAUGUGGGACGAGCCGUGCUCGACAGAGGACGGGGCGGACGAGCACGACGAGCACGACGAGCACGAGCUGGAGCCCGCCGCGCAGCACGACGUGCUCGACGUGUUGCAUCAACAGAAUCCGUGGGAGGCGGCUCCGGCAGAGGGCGCUGGCCCCGCGGGGGCGGCGCCCGAGGGCUGGGCGCAGUUCUCCGACGACACCGUGCUGGGGGCGCAUGACCCCUUCGCGCCCCAGCCCGCGUCCACUGCGCCCUCCGCGCCCCCCGCGGCAGGCGCCGCCUCGCCCCCCGCACUGGCGGACGACGAGUUCUCGCCCUUCUGGUCGUACUCCGACAGCCACGACGCGGGGCUGGAGGCCGGGCUGCGCGCGCUGGAGCUGGGCGCGGGCGCGGCGGGGGGCGCGCGCAUGGACGAGGCCUGCAGCGUGGAGCUGGCCAACAACCUGCUGACGGCCAUGUCGGCCAUGUCGGCCGACGCCAUCGCCAACAUCGUCAACGCCAACCUGGAGCCGGCCGACUCGCAGCCGCCCAGCUGAUCGCUCGCGCGCCGCGCCCCCGCUCGCGCCCCCGCCCGCGCCCCCGCCCCCGGCGCCCGCGCCCCCGCGCCCGGCUCGUUGCGAUACUCCCCUCUAGAUCUAUUCACCUUCAAAUUCUCGUAACGUGCGAUUCCGUAAAAGACUUGUGAUCGAUUCCUGUAUACCUGUCGAUAGGAAUUCGUUGUGAUUAUCAGUGAUGAACUACUCGUAAGGCUCGCCGGUGAUUACGAAAUUUGCAUUUAUAUAUAUAUCGAAUUCGAUGUGUCUUACAAGUAAGUGUUUUUAAUAUAAAUCAGGGAAGAAAUCAUACUUAAGUAUUUCCUAAUCAUAUACUUCUAAUCAUUACUAGUUUAAGUAAAAUAAUACAAAUAUCAUAAACGUUACAAUGUAUUAGUAUUGAACAAAUGACAUAGAGAUUGUCAGUCUGUCAGUCGGUGUCCGCCACGCGCCGCGCACCAGCCUGGCAGUGCCACGCGUGGACAUAGUGUGGACAUAGCGUGGACACAGUGUGGACAUAGCGUGGACACAGUAUGGACACGGUCGCAACGUGUAUAUUUGUAUAUAGUACAUAUAAUUUGGACAAUUAUCGAGCUUUAUUCCGUAUAUUAAAUUGUUUAAUGUUGUAGCGAAUGUUACUGAGCCACACCGCGCAAUGCGCCUGCGCUUGUUGUAGUGUUCAAGGCUUGAUCUCAGAGCCGCCAGUGGCCAGCGGCCAGUAGUCGGUGGCCAGCGGCCAGUGGUCGGUGGCCAGCGGCCAAUGGUUGGUGGCCAGCGGCCAAUGGUUGGUGGCCAGCGGCCAAUGGUUGGUGGCCAGCGGCCAGUGGUCGGUGGCCAGCGGCCAGUGGUCGGUGGCCAGCGGCCAGUGGUCAGUGGCCAGCGGCCAGCGGCCAAUGCAGGCGGCAGACGGCGCAGGCGCAGCUGUCGCUCCGAGUAGUGUACCUGUAGCAAUGGUCCCGGUGGCUCGCCGUACUCUGCCAGGUCCCGGCUGGCUGCAACCCGUUCGCUUCCCGCUUAGACAUAGUUCGUGAACAUAUCCUCUCGAUAUAUCAAUAGGUUAGUAUCGGUUGGUUCCGUUCCCAACGCGAGGAUUGUGCAAGAAAGGUUUUAGUAUUACACAGCAUGUCUGGUCGGUGCCAAAUGUCGCGAUUACUUGUUUGAUUCCUGUUUAAGCCAAAAUGUGACUCGGGAUGCGCAAUAUAUUAAAUAUAAUGUUGUUUUGUUGAAUAAAUUAGUAUUGUGUAGCAUACAUUAAAUGUACACCGCCCCGCUACAUACACUACGCGCGCUAUAGUCUACUCAAGCCCUGGCAGUUACAUACGUAAUUGAUAUUUUAUACAUCGGCUGAACACUUCCUUUAUCGACAAACACACACAUUGCCUUGGUAUUGGAUAGAUUGUGUGGCGUGCCGGUAGCAUGUACUGUGGGCGGUGUAACCUAGCGAAUGUUUACAAUUGGUGCAAUAUAAUUGUUUGCAGGGAAUAUUUAUCGAUUGCCACACAAAUGUAGACCUUAUAGCAAGUUGUUUUGAAUGUAUAAUGGAUGAAGAGCGACGGCAGUGUGCGUGUGUAGUAGGUGGUUAACAUUUCAAUGUACCGCAGACAUAUUGAAGUCCAUAUCGUAUCUACUGGUAGCUCCCCUCAUUCCCGGCCGCGGUACUUGUACACUCCGUGUGUCUGUCUGUCUGUAGAGUAACUGUAUGUGUAGUGUAGCAUCGGAUGCUGUGAACAUUGUAUUAGUGCAAUUAGUUGCCUUUGGGUCUUGUUGUCAAAUUGUAUAUUUAACUAAAUGUAAGCGUGUAGGUAAUGUUGUUGAUUUCGUACCGUAGUCCCCGCGCACGUACACAUGUUUGUAAAUACUGCGAACUCAAUAUUCCGUAGCGCAGGACGCGCCGUCACUUCCUCCGUAUUGUAGCUGUAACGUUGUAACGCUGUAACACUGUAACGCUGUAACUACGUCACACUGUAACUACGUCACAUUGUAACUGCGUCACGCAGCACGCAGCUGUCACUUGUACGACGAGUGUACAAAUUGGUGGUUUUAGAUAAUUUACAAAAAUAUAAUACAAAAUAACUUUUCGAUAAAUUAGUAAAGUUUCUUAGUGAAAUAUACAUGUUAGUGUUUUGUAUUGGGCGAGUGUGAUAACUAAUUGUGAUCCUUACGACUGCAUGUCUCGGUUCGCUCGAACACUUUGGACGACUUAUACAAUGUACAGGACUUUGUGAUAAUGUGUACGUUUUGGAUUUCUACUUCAGCUAACGCUACCGUCCUCCAUGUUCUGCUUACUAGUCUAUGCUUUGUACACAACUGUAUCUGUCGACUGUAGCAAACUUUGUACAUCCUUUAUAAUGUUGCCGAACUUGCAGCCCGCGCUGUAGGUAGCAGUCGGGUCGUGUUGGCCCUACGUCGACUCACCUCGACGCCUAGCUGUACCCAACUCUCACAGAAUUUGAAACGAAACUAAAAUGUAACGUGAUUGUAACUGUCGAUUCAAUGACUAGGAUGUUCUCUGAUCGACUGCAACUUGUGAUGAAGGUGACACCUACAAUGUACAUAGUACGUAGCCGCGUAAUGUGUGAGACAGCUGUAGUGCCGUUCCAAACGAGAACUGUGCCUUGUGGGCGACAGCGCGCCGCGCCCGACACGCCCGAGACAUAAUAAAUGCUCGUAUGUAUUCUAUUGUAUUUAUAUCAUAGUUAAAGUUUUAUUAAAAAAGUUGCUCAAUAUAA